AUUUAAUCAGUAUCAUGUUAAUUGUUUUUUUUUUUUAAUAUUGGUAUUUUGUCCGUCUUCAUAGGUGUAUGCCCGCCCGCUCGCAGCGAUGGGCAGCAGAUAAGAGUGGGUGGACUUAUCAACAUGACGAGGUGUUCAGGUCGGCGUAAAUGCUCCAAUACAUCGGAUUGUAGCGGGCUAUCAACGCUCAGGGUCAGAUAUGAGUGUGUGUGUACGGAGAGAUGCGGUCAGGUUUGCCAGGCGACUCCAGUAGUUCCUCACACCCGGCCAGGUAGGUGCCCUACACCGACGAACGUCUACGACUUCUGGCCAUUUUGCCGAUUUGGGGGCCUGAGAACGGACUGUAUACAUGACGCACACUGCGUGGAAAAUGAGAACAUGAAAUGCUGCCAGUCGACGUGCGGCAAAGAAUGCAUGCCCGCCGCCUCCGAUGUCGCACCAUCAACGACGACGACGACGAAGACGAAUUCAUCUUCGGGUUCAUCGAUUGCCUUGACUUCUUCCUCGGUCAGCGAUGAGGAGCUUGAAGUGGACUUCAACAACACAACCGAUGUGACGACGGACAUUACGACCAACUUUGUAAUGACCCAGGAGCCACUCGUGGAUGACAGCGAUGAAGAGGAUGGCGAUCACGAAGAUGUAAACCAAGACGACCAAAGCAUCCGGAAUUCAAAAAGCCAAAGAUCAUCCAGAGAAACAAGCCGCUGCAAAACCGGUCUCCGACAGAGAAACAAACAGGGCGGUGGGCUGCGGAGAUGCGGCAACUCUAUUAACCACCCCUGCUACGCCAAUGGGCUCCACCCACUCUGCGGUAUCAACGGGGUCUCUUACGCCAACGAAUGCUACCUACUUCGCGAGCAGGACAGGAUGGGCGUACAUAUUGGUGUACGCCAUCGGGGCUACUGCCCGGAGGAGGAGGAGGAAGGGCGAAGCGACGCCCUGGAGGAUGGGUUGAGCAAAAGAAACCAGCAGAAUGGAGCGCAUGGGUGCGGUAUUUACACAUCAUGUGAUAGUACUGAGCCCCGGCAGCUGCAGCGGAAUGAUCACAACUUUAUUGAGAGUAUACCCGAGCACGGACAUUUUCGGGCUGAAUAAAAUGUUAGCCGUCUUCAGCCCAUGAUAGUACUGUGAACCAACAAUGCCUUCAACUAGCACAACCAAACUAUGUUGCAAAAUGGAUUUUCUUUCAAUUAUAACUAUGGACGUAUAUAUUUAUUUCAUUGCCUCUGGGAUGGAAAGAAUUAAUUGAUCACCUUGAAAAGAAAAGUGAAAACAAUCGCCUACAAAAAUAAAAGGGAAACAAUCACCUACACAAAUUAUACCAUUAUAAUAAAAUAAGCAUCCCCCUCUGAAAACGAGUAGAACAUGAUCAGUAAG